AGUUCCGGAUCCUGCUCCGUAGACUUGGGGGUGGGGAAUAGGACGGCAGCUUCAGCUGCGGCCAUGGGGGCGGCGAGCGUGGGGCUGGUGGAUUGUCACUGCCACCUCUCCGACCCGGACUUCGACAGCGAUCUGGAUGAUGUGUUGGAGAAAGCCAAGAAGUUACAGUGGGGUCAUCCUGCCAUGCUUAGGUGUUCAUCCAGUGCAGGGGCUUUCACCAGAAGACCAAAGAAGUAUCACAUUAAAGGUAGAGGCAUCACUGCAGGAGUGCGCUUGGUCUGCCAAGCUGUGCUGGGUUUGUACUCUGCAGAACCUCCCACGGGUGUCACUGACCCUCAGCCACUGUUAGGGCUGUGUCUAGAUGUCCUCCAAAGCCUCAUGCUUUCUCCGAAGUGGCUGGAUCUAGACUGUGUGAUUGACUCAUGGAGGGGCAAGGCCCUAGGGCACUAGGAUUAAGGUUGUCAGUGCUACCCGCCCUAAGAAGCCUGAAUAAGACAGAAGGGGCAGGAAGGCGCUGUUAAGGUCCCUGUUACUUUGCUACCUUGUGUGUGCCAUGUUGUUUCUUCUCUGUGAUGCCUGUUUGCCAUCCCUGCCUUGAAGACAGCCGAUUGUGGACUGAAACUUCUCUGAACUACAAGCCAAAUAAACCUUCUCCCCUUUAACUUCAGGUGUCAGGUAUUUUGUCUCAGCAACAAGAGAAAAAUAACUAAGACAGCUAUCAAUAUGGCUUAUGUUUCAUGCUCAUGUCCUGACUUAGCAUCAUAAAGAUGCUUAAUUUCUUGGGUGCUUUAUUACGUAAUGGAUUUGAUAGUCCCAUUCCAGAAAUGUAAUUACUGUUUGUUACCUAUGAAUAAAUUAAAGUACAUGCCACUUUUUUAUAUAAUAUAUUUCUGUCCUUCUGUGAAGAUAGCCAGGACAACUCUGUGUUUGUUUGU